CUCCCUCUUCCGCGAUCAGCCCGAAACCCUCGCCUACAUGCUCCCCCUCUCCCGGUUUACUUCCCAUCUCUGCCCAAACCCUCGCUGAUUCCCCUCCCCCUCCUUGUUUCACUCAAAACCAUCGCCUUCGUGAACGAACCUUCGCGAUACAGUCGCCAUUAGAGUUAGCUGGGAAGGCAACGAAGGGAUCGAGGCUUACAGAGACCACCGAAACUCCCUUCUUUCUCAUCCCUCUGCUCCGCUGCUACCGGCCCUUAGAAACCCUAGCAGCAUCCUUACGGUUGUAGAAAUGUCUAAGAAGAGAAAGCAUGAUGAGGUUUCUGGCGAAGGCCGGAAGAAAGAUGAAGCCGCACCGGAAAGGCCGAAAAGAACUCUUACUGGCUGGAAGAGCGACCACGUGGAGAAGCAGAGCGAUGCUCCUGUUUUCAGGAACAAAGAGAAGGUUCUGGUAACCUGCUCUCGUCGAAUCAUAUCCAGAUAUCGGCAUCUGAUGCUAGAUAUGGUGUCACUUCUGCCUCACUCUAAGAAGGAUAACAAGAUAGAGUCAGAGCAAGGCAAGGGAGCUACACUUAAUGAGUUGGUCGAGUUCAGGAACUGCUCAUAUUGUCUGUUUUUUGAGUGUAGAAAGCAAAAAGAUCUUUACCUAUGGAUGACUAGGUCACCAGAUGGCCCUUCGGUGAAAUUCUUGGUAAAUGCCGUGCACACGAUGGAGGAGCUCAAGCUUACUGGAAAUCAUCUUAAAGGAUCUCGGCCAAUUUUAACUUUCUCUUCCAAUUUUGAUAAAGAACCUCGUUGGAAGCUUUUGAAAGAAAUGAUAACGCAGAUUUUUGGAACACCAAAAGAUCAUCGAAAAGCCAAACCAUUCCAUGAUCAUAUAUUUGCAUUUUCAAUUGCUGACAAUCAUAUAUGGUUUCGGAAUUUCCAGGUUUCUGUUCCUCAUAAUGAGCCUGAUAAAAUGGACCGUGGAGGCUUGGACAAAAUGACUCUUAUUGAGGUUGGUCCAAGGUUUUGUUUGAAUCCAAUUAAGAUUUUUGGCGGCAGCUUUGGUGGACCAACACUAUAUGCAAACCCUCUCUUUGUGUCGCCAAAUCAGAUUCGGGCAAUGGAGAAAAGGAAGAAAGCAGGGAAGUAUGUCAAGAAAGUUAAGGCUAAAACCAGGAGGAAGAUGCAUGAACUCCAGAAUCCAUUGGAGCCCGAUGAGUUUGCAGAUCUCUGGAAGGAAUGAUCAGUCAGUCUUUUUACCUUUAUUGUUUUAUAAGGUGGAUUUGAUGGAUUUAAGGAGGAAGAAAUACACAUUACCUAGUCUCACAGGAGAAAUCGACGCAAUCCGCUCAUUGCUCUCCUCAAUCUUUGCAAUUGUGCCUUGUGUAGCGACCCUCACCUGCAGAAACGCAAGAUCGGUACAUCAUUUUGUUUGCUUUUCUCUCUCUCUGGUUAUAAGUUGCAUUAGUCUUGAAUCUUGAACUUCCUAGCUGGCUCGUCGGAUCCAAUGAGCGAAAACAGUGAAUAAAAUGCUUCGAUCACUGAAGAGGACAUCGGACACGAUUUCGGUAGUCUAGCAUUGUUAAUUUAGCCUGUUUGAAUCAUUGUUCUCUCUUUUUUUACAUCUUGAUUUGGUGAGGAACAAUAGGAUGUGUUCUCUUCUCCGCCAUUCUCAUUUUCAGCCAUUUGGGAUUGAUUGCUGGGAAUAGAUUUAUUUAUAGAAUUUUACAUUGGG